AAUCAGCAGCAGUUCCCCAUCAGCAGCAGCAGCCAGCAGCAGUUGAGGAAACGGAAUAACAAUAAUAAUGCCAACUUCAGCUCGCUUGGUCAAGAGGAAUCCGCUGCCAGGGACUUCAUCAAUGUGCUGGACCAUGAGGCCUCCAGGUUCAUCAAGAUGGUGUCCCUGGCCAGGUGGAACUGUGGCACCAACAUGUCUGAAGCCACUCAGGCGAAACUGGUUCAAGCAGAAGCCCAGUCCUCUCAUGGGUUAGCCCAAGUGCUGAACCUGCUCAGGGAUUCCUUUGGCUCCUCAGGGGCUUAUGCAAACUGGAAGAAUUAUGAAGAUCCAUUCCUGGUGAGACUGAUUUGGAAAAGCGCCAAGCAGAAUUCCAUUCAGGACAGACACGGACCAAAGGCAUCAAAAUCUCCAGCAGGCGGGGGUUUCGUCACAUCCGUGCCAGCUGUGUAUGUGUGUGUGUUCUCGCGUGUCGUCGUCUCUCUGCUGCUGCUGGCGCUUCAUCCCUCGCCCCCGUCGCGGGUGACGAGAAUCUUGCCCAACCACACCGGGGUCUGCUGGUGGUGCAUGGCCCCGCGCAGCCGCCGACUCCAGAGCUCGCCGUCGGACCUUCACAGGGUGAAGGGAUGCACCAAGGUGACAGCCCAUCACCUAAAGACUGCACAUCAACUCCUGACCCAGAUUGCUUAUGACAGCUCCAACACUCAUCUGCCCAGAGUCUUCAGGACUCCCCCUUUCCCUGGAUUUGUGGAAGCACUUGGUGGAGCAAUCACACUGUCUCUGGACAGUGUGAAGCAUCUUGAAGCUGUAGAUCUUGCAAAGAAGAAUAGUGAGGGUGACUCAUCAGCAUCAAUGCGUCAUGGGGCAGACAUCAACUUUCUAUUGGCCAAGGCACUUGGUAUUUUGGCAUCCAUGCCAUUUGCCUUAACCACUGAGCGAUGGAGAUGGGAUGUAUGGCAAAAUAGAGUGCCCAAGGAAAAAAUGAAUUCUCACUGGUGGCGGUUGAGAAGAGAGGUGCAAGGUGUGGCAGCACCAAAUGACAGGUCAGACAGUCUGCAUCUGGACCCUGUUGGCAUCCCAGAGGUUGCUGGUCAUCAACCCAUCAUCAGUCAAUUCCUGAGCUCUGUGCUGCAGUUCCAGUUCUAUGAGGCCAUGUGUCAAGCAGCAGGACAAUAUAAACCAAACUCACCAGGCAAGCAAAGACUGCACCAUUGUAACCUGUACAACAACAAGCGAGCUGGGGAAAUUCUCAAGAGCAUCAUGAGAUCUGGUUCUUCUGUUCACUGGAAAACUCUGCUGCACAGAACAACAGGUUUCUCAACAUUUUCUCUCCAACCCCUGCUGAGGUACUUUGCUCCUUUGGAUGCUUAUUUGGACAAGUUCCUGCAACAUAAAUCUCAGUGCAUUGGUUGGGGAGAUGAGUGCAGAUUAGACACAGCAGAGGCAGUCAAGAGGGAACCAAAGAUUUCUACAUUGUCUCCAUCAGGAGAGACCAACACUACUGAUAGUCCAAUAUUGAGUACCAUCCCAGCAGUAGUUUGUGAUGAUGAUCAUGAUUAUCAUGAUGAUGAUGAUGAUGAGUCAACCAUCAUCCCAGCAAAAAAUGCAGCAGCAACAACAGACAUACCUGAUUUCACACUGCAAAAGAUCCUGAGAGACUCUGACUCUGAGCUCUUCACAACAAUCAAGUGGAAUAAGCCAGACUCUUUGGGAACUAGUGCAGAGAGAUGUUCCACCACAACCCUGGCUUCAAAAGCCACCACUGCUUCCAAGAAGUCAUCCAGCAGCAGCACUGUCUCAAGUGCUCAGGUGACAACAUCCACAGAAUGUGCCAAAACCAAACCCUCAAAAACCACCACCAUCAGCAGCACUACACCUUAUCUGGACACCAUCAGUACAGCCAGUAGUAGAUACACCAAUAAGAUUAAUAAGUCUUCAAGGAGAAGCACAUCCCCAAAUACCAUCCCCAUCACCACCACAAGAACAACAAGACCAACACCAUCAUCAUCAUCAACUAUCAUCAGCAGCUCAUCCCUCAUGAGAGGAAUGAAAAUAAGAAAGUACAAGUCCACCACCACCACCACCACCACUGCAACUCAUCCCAACACAAUAAUGUGGAGACCAGCAGCAGAUACUUUAGCAGCAGGAAAAAGAAAAACAACAACAGAAGCUUAUGCAGAAUUUCAGCCACCAGCAACAUUGUCAGCACAAGAAACAUCAGCAGCAGCAGGUGAUGUCACCACUGAUGACUCAUCUGCUGCUGCUGCUGCAACUUCCCAGCAGUCUUUUCUCCUGCUGGACUCUGCUGAUGCUCCUCAUCAUGAGCCCUUUUUCAAUGUCGAUGUUGAUGAGGAAAAGGGCAGCUUGUUGUUCCCAGUGACAGACCACGUGGAAUUCGACCACUUGGACUCUCCCUUCGAGCCCUUCAAGGACAGCGAAUCAUUAUGGGAUCCCGAGGAAUUCGGCCCCUGGCCAAAUAAUGAUGAGGCUAAUGAAACCACCACCACCAACAAACAAAAGGAUCGCCCAGAAUUCAGCAGCAGCAGCAGUGUGCCACCGGCAUCAUUGACCAAGAAAACAGCAGCUCAUUUGAAUAAUGACACGGAGGAGGAAAACGUGACCCUGAAGAAACCCGGCAAGAGACCCAGUUUGCCGCCCUCGUCAUCGCACCUCAGGCGGAAGGUCGUCAAACUCGUCGCGGGGAAACCGAGUCGGUAUUACUUGAUCAAGAAGGUCAAGACCGGUAAAAUCGGGAAUAGAACCAACGAGUUGGACAAUCAUGACACGUCAUCAUCGGCGACAAUAAAUAAGAAUAAUAAGACAAAUACCUCCAACUCCGUCAAUCAUGAUGCUGAUGAUGAUGAUGAUGAUGACAUCGUCGACCUUAAUUCCAAAGAAAUUGGCAAAGAUUCCAAUCAAACUUCCAAAACAACAACAACAGUACCCAUCACUGCGAUAAAGGGAAAAGGUCGUGUCAAUAAUAACAUCACCAACAUCAGCAAAAGGCCCGUGAUGAUUGACAGUACAUCAGCAUCACUCACUUCGACCAACAAGUCCGAGACUACCAGCAAUAAUAAGAACAAUAAUGAUAAGAAAAAGGCGGCCGAUAAACUCAAAAACAAUAGGAUCAUUGCGAGAAAGUCCAAGAGUUCGAAUAUGCAAAACAUGUUUGAGAAAGAAGACCAGAAUGAUGUUUAUGACAAACUUCCGGUUUCCGUUUAC